AUGAAACCCGUCGGAAUAGAUCCAGAGGCUUUGGAACUCGUCAAAUACUACUACGAGGCGUUCAAUUCGGAUCGCCACGCGCUCGACAUCCUCUUCCGGGAUGACUCGACUAUGAGCUGGGAGGGGAACUUGUGGGCUGGCACGGCGGCCAUCACCCAGAUGCUCGUGGACCUGCCUUUCCACGCCCUGGCCAACGAGGCCACUAGCUGCACUAUGCAGCAGACCAUGCACGGCGGAGUCGUUGCCUCUGCCGGCAACGAGGCAGCAGAAGUACUGCUGCAGUACGCCCAGACGAUGGUGCUGGCCAAGGACCUGCGGGGGUACUGGUACAUCCAGUACCAGGUCGUCUCGUUCGUCGACAUUUAG